AUGUUUCGAGUAGUGGGCAUUUGUUUACUGUCGAUCGGGUUGAUCUCCGCUAUUCCCGUUGACAACGGAGUUGAGGGAGAGCCCGAGAUUGAGUGCGGGCCCACUUCGAUCACCGUCAACUUCAACACCCGUAAUGCCUUCGACGGUCACGUUUACGUGAAGGGUCUCUUCGAUCAGCAGGGAUGUCGUUCUGAUGAGCACGGUCGUCAAGUUGCUGGAAUCGAGUUGCCUUUCGACUCUUGCAACGUUGCCCGUACCCGUUCUCUCAACCCUAAAGGAGUGUUUGUCAGCACCACCGUUGUCAUCCAAUUCCAUCCACAGUUCGUAACCAAGGUAGACCGUGCCUACAGAGUCCAAUGCUUCUACAUGGAGGCCGAUAAGACUGUCAGCGCCCAACUUGAGGUUUCUGAUCUCACCACCGCCUUCCAGACCCAAGUCGUCCCUAUGCCCAUCUGCCGAUAUGAGGUAAGUAACAAGGUCUUAAAAUUUAAUUGCGGCGUAGAUCUUGGAAGGAGGACCAUCCGGUCAGCCCAUCCAAUUUGCCACCAUUGGACAACAAGUCUACCACAAAUGGACCUGUGAUUCCGAGACCACCGACACCUUCUGCGCUGUCGUUCACUCUUGUACCGUUGAUGAUGGCAACGGAGAUACCAUCCAAAUCCUAAACGAAGAGGGAUGUGCCCUCGACAAGUUCUUGCUCAAUAACUUGGAGUACCCAACUGAUCUGAUGGCUGGUCAAGAAGCUCACGUCUACAAAUACGCCGACCGUUCUCAGCUCUUCUACCAGUGUCAGAUCAGCAUCACCAUUAAGGAACCGAACAGUGAAUGUGCUCGACCAAAAUGUUCCGAGCCAACUGGAUUUGGAGCCCAGAAACUCGGAGGUGGUGCUGGUGCCGCUCCAGCCGCUGCUGCUGCCCCAAGUGCCCCAGCUCAACUCCGUCUUCUUAAGAAGAGAUCCGUUGACUACGAGAACACUUUGGACGUCCGAACUGAACUCUCGGCUCUUGAGAUUAGCGAAGUAAGUUAAACAUUCCACCGUCGUUCCUUCUACCACGAAAUUCUUUCAUAGUAAAUAUAUUUUUUUCAGCAACAAAACGAGAAAUUGCCAGCCCAUCUGAGGUACAGACAUAUGAGUGAGGUGUCCAACGGACUCUGUCUGUCUCCUUUCAGCAUUUCGAUGACGGUAGGAGGAUUCUGUGCCAUGAUCGCCGCAGUCCUGGUUGUCUUCUACUACCACUUCAGACCUCAGCCUGUUAAGGUCUUUUAG